AUGGUUACUUUGUGGAUUCUGCUCCCGCAGUGUCAUGUGGCUGCUGCAAUGGUGGCUGCUUCCACCUCAUUUGGCUAUCAGUCCCUUAGCAGUUGCAGUUCCUGUAGCGGGAGCAGCAACUGCGGUAGAAACAGUGUUCUACACCACCAUCAUCAUCAUCACCACCAUUCCCAGCAACAAUCACCCCAACAACAGCAACAGCAGCGUGAAUCCCGGACCUGUACAAGGUGUCAAAGUUUUCAUCGCCACAAUCAUCGUCAACGCCGACGAUCCUCAGGUGUACACUUUGGUGCGGCGACCACAAUGUCUAAUAUCACCAAAGCCAUCGUGACCAUAACACCACCGGUGCCAACGGGUACAGCCAGUGCCAAUGCCUUGACGCCUUCGUCCAUGACAAGUUUGUCACUAAAUUCCGGACUCUCACCACAUCACACGGCCCUCAAUUCACCCGGUUCGUUGAGUGCGGCCACCACACCCAUGACUGCAGGGCCAUCGGGCAAACAUUGUACAUUUGCUCUGACGCCCAUUACCAUACCACCGCCACCUAAUAAAGUCUCCUUCUUGUCGACGGCUAAAUUUGCCAGUUCCUCAAACAUAGCUCUGGCCACCACAUCGGCUAUGGUGGCAGCCUCAGCUGCGGCCGCGGCAUCAAAGACAACACCAACCUUAGCAGCCUCCGCAGCAGCAACACCUUCGAUACGUACACCCACGGAAAUUUCUGAUGACACAAUGCCAACGCCAAACUCAUCUGCUUUGAUAUCGUCGAUGUCGAUGCACAAAUCGCACAGCCAUCAAAAACUUGAAAUGCGUCAAAGUUGUGCGAGUCAAAUUACCACCGUCGAGGAUGUUGAUGAAAUUUGCAAAUUGUCGUUAACCGAUGAGCGGAAUAAUAAUGGCAUCACUGAUGAUGACGAGGACGAUGAUGGUGCGGAUGCUGAUGCUGAUGACGUUGACGAUGCCAUAGGGGAAAUUGAAAGUAAUAUUCUCGGCAGUGGCAGUUGUGGCGGUGGUAGCAGCUCACAUCAUUACUCCAACAGUCAUUCAAAUUCUUCGUUAUCUUCAUCAGCGGCUGUUCUUACACGUGAUAACAUAAUGAUUCCUUAA